CAUCCCCUGCCUUCGUUUUCCUAUAUAAACCCUGCUUUCAACAGCCUUUUGGCACUCAUAAUCAACAACAACAACAACAACCUUUGUGUGACCCUUCUCAUCGUCGCCCACUCUCUCGCUCCUUCUCCCUUUGAUUCCUCCGACCAAGCCGAGAAGAAACUACUCUCCUGCAAAAUGGCGAAGAAUGUAGGAAUUUUGGCCAUGGAAAUCUACUUCCCUCCUACCUGUGUUCAGCAGGAAGCUCUGGAGGUUCAUGAUGGAGCAAGCAAAGGGAAGUACACCAUUGGGCUUGGCCAGGAUUGUAUGGCAUUUUGUACUGAUGUGGAAGACGUCAUCUCCAUGAGCUUGACUGCCGUUAAUUCACUCCUGGAGAAGUAUGGUGUUGAUCCCAAGCAAGUUGGUCGUCUUGAAGUUGGGAGUGAAACUGUGAUUGAUAAAAGCAAAUCGAUCAAGACUUUCUUGAUGCAGAUCUUUGAGAAAUGCGGGAACACCGACAUUGAAGGUGUUGAUUCAACAAAUGCUUGCUAUGGAGGAACUGCAGCUCUGUUCAACUGUGUAAACUGGGUUGAGAGCAGCUCAUGGGAUGGCCGAUAUGGCCUCGUUGUGUGUACUGAUAGUGCGGAGGUCUGUUCGUAUGUUCAUCAGGUCUAUGCUGAAGGACCAGCCAGGCCUACUGGAGGCGCUGCAGCAAUUGUCAUGCUAAUAGGCCCAGAUGCACCUAUUGUUUUCGAAAGCAAAUAUAGGGGAAGUCAUAUGGCGCAUGCCUAUGACUUUUACAAGCCCAACCUUGCCAGUGAAUAUCCGGUUGUAGAUGGCAAGCUUUCUCAAACGUGCUACCUCAUGGCUCUUGAUGCCUGCUACAAGCAUUUUUGUGCCAAGUAUGAGAAGUUUGAAGGAAAGCAAUUUUCUAUUUCUGAUGCUGAAUAUUUUGUUUUUCAUUCACCUUACAAUAAGCUUGUACAGAAGAGCUUUGCCCGUUUGGUCUUCGAUGACUUCACCAGGGAUGCAAGCUCCAUUGACGAGGCUGCCAAAGAGAAGUUUGCACCAUUUUCAAGUUUAUCAGGCGAUGAGAGCUACCAGAGUCGGGAUCUUGAAAAGGUGGCCCAACAAGUUGCCAAGCCGUUCUAUGACUCCAAAGUGCAGCCAACCACAUUGAUUCCAAAACAAGUUGGGAACAUGUAUACUGCGUCUAUUUAUGCAGCCUUCGUGUCCCUUCUGCAUAACAAGAACAGUGAAUUGGCGGGCAAGCGGAUUGUAAUGUUCUCGUAUGGAAGUGGUUUAACAGCCACUAUGUUCUCCUUGAAGUUACAAGAAGGACAACAUCCUUUUAGCUUGUCCAACAUUGCUUCCGUUAUGAGCGUCGACGAAAAGUUGAAGUCAAGGAUUGAGGUUGCUCCAGAGAAGUUUGUGGAGACCCUGAAACUGAUGGAGCACAGGUACGGGGGCAAGGACUUUGUGACGAGCAAGGAUACAAGCUGCUUAGCCCCUGGAACAUACUACCUCACUGAAGUUGACUCGAUGUAUCGGAGAUUCUACUCACAGAAGGCGACCGACUGCGCUCCUGCCAACGGCUCGAUCGUCAACGGUCACUGACGUAGUGGAAUUGGAUUUAAUUUGAUGUGGGGCUGCAGUAUUUGGAGACAUGAUUUUUAAGUACUCAUUGUGACAUUGUGUGUGGCUUCUUUAGAUGUGAUCAGCAGCAGCAGCCUAAGCAGACAAGUGUGUCUGCCUAGACUAGGGCAAGCAAAAUGAUUCCUAGAGUCCUUUUCUAAGUUCAUGAUGUUCAUUUCUCUCCCAUAAUGUAUCUUUCUGUCCGUCUUUAGUUUGUGUGAAGCGCAAUUGGUGUUGAGAAACUAAUAAAAAGGCGCAAUUUCCUUCCCAGGUUCGGUCCGUGUUCCACACUUGUCGUUCAA